AUGGGGCGCAUGCAUUCGAAAGGUAAGGGGAUAGCAUCCUCUGCUCUCCCCUACAAAAGAGCAGCACCAAGCUGGUUGAAAGUGUCUUCGUCAGAAGUCAGCGAGCACAUUGUCAAGCUAGCAAGAAAAGGUCUUUACCCAUCACAGAUCGGCGUAAUUCUAAGAGACACUUCAGGAAUCCCACAGGUCAAAUCCGUUACUGGUGCUAAGAUCCUCAGAAUCCUCAAGAAGAACGGAAUCGCUCCAGAAAUCCCAGAGGACCUCUACCACUUGAUCAAGAAAGCUGUGCAAGUUCGCAAGCAUCUUGAAAAGUUCAGAAAGGACAAGGACAGCAAAUUCAGGCUGAUUUUGAUCGAGUCAAGAAUCCACAGACUUUCUCGCUAUUAUAAAAGGACAAAGAAGUUGCCAGCUAAUUGGAGAUACAACUCUUCCACAGCUUCGGCUUUAGUAAGCUAA